AUGACUGUCAACCUAGGACCCAUUAACCCUGGCAUGGAUGGCCUCAAGGCCAACCCGAACGGCAAGCUUAGCUACAACCCUCGUUGCCUCAGCCGUGAUCUGAGUAGCUAUACCGCAAAGACCUGGUUCACCAACGAGAACAUGAUCAACAUCACCGUUGGCGCAGCUUCCCAAAACAUUGAGCUCUUCCAGAACGAGCUUCAGGGCCGCUUCGCGGACGGAUUCCUCGGCAUGCACGCUGCCGGCCAUUUCACGGUAAAUGGAGAGGCCAGCGACCUUUACUCCUCUGUCGUUGAUCCCACCUUCUUCCUGCACCAUGCCAUGGUUGACCGUGUGUACUGGUUGUGGCAGGCGCUUCACCUGUGGAACGCCUUUGAAAUUGCCGGCACCAUCACCAUUAACAACAGGCCCGCCAGUCGAGAUGCCCUCAAGAGUGACAUCCUUAACCUUGGUGUCAACGCCGAGAACCGAACCAUCGAUGAUGUGUUGAACACCAUUGGCGGCUCCCCUCUUUGUUAUGUCUAUGCAUAA